AGCGUGCUGUGCUGCCUGUGCGCGAUCCCGAUGCACCCGAACCCGAGCGGCAUGUGCGUCGAGUGCGUGCGCACGCAGGUUGACAUCACCGAGGGCAUCAGCAAAAACUGCGUCGUCACGUAUUGCUCGCAGUGCGAGCGCUACCUGCAGCCGCCCAAGCACUGGAUCCGCGCCGAUCUCGAGAGCAAAGAGCUGCUGACGUUUUGCAUCAAGCGCAUCAAGGGAUUGCAAAAGGUGAAGCUCGUGGACGCGGGCUUCGUGUGGACGGAGCCGCACAGUAAACGACUGAAGACGAAGCUGACCAUACAGAAGGAAGUGCUGAACGGAGCGAUACUGCAGCAGACGUUCGUGACGGAAUUUGUGGUGGAGUGGAGGAUGUGCGAUGCGUGCGCGCGGAGCGCGGCGAAUAGUGAUCAGUGGAACGCGUGCGUGCAGGUGCGGCAAAAAGUGGAACAUAAGCGGACGUUUUUGUUCCUCGAGCAGAUGAUUUUGAAGCACGGCAUGGAGCGAGACGCGAUCGGGAUCAAGAGUCAGCCGGAUGGGUUAGAUUUUUAUUACGGUCAUCGAUCGCAUGGGUUGAGGUUUGUAGAUUUUUUGGGCAGCGUGGUGGCGACGCGGUCGAGGGGCGACAAGCAGUUGGUGUCGCACGACGCGAAUAGUAAUACGUACAAUUACAGGUUUACUUUCUUCGUGGAGAUCGUGCCGGUGUGCAAGGAAGAUUUGGUGGUGAUUCCUUUCAAGCUUUCGAAGGAGUUUGGGAGCGUUGGGCCGGUGAUGCUGUGCACGCGGGUGUCGAAUUCUUUGCAGUUUACGGAUCCGGUGACGAUGCGACAGAUUUGGAUCGAUCAGGAAAAGUAUUGGCGCCAACCGUUUCGCGCGGCGGCGACGGCGAAGCAGAUGAUAGAGUACGUCAUCCUUGACGUUGAAGUCGAUCAAUCCACGAGACAAGGGAAGUUGUGCAUGGCGGAUGUCGAAGUCGCGCGCUCAAGCGAUUUCGGCGUCAACGACACGACGUUUUUCGUCAAGACGCACUUGGGGAAUAUCUUACAAGCGGGCGACACCGCGCUUGGAUACGAUUUGACAAAUUUGCAAAUCGUCGAUCCAGAGAUGGAGAAGUACUCGGGUAAACAUCAAGGCGUUGUGCCGGAUGUUUUCCUCGUGAAGAAGUCGUAUGCCGAGAGUCGUCGACGAAGGCGCGAGCGAGGCGUGGCUAGAAAUUGGCGUUUACAGCGCAUGCAAGUGGAAGAAGACGAAGAAACGCAACAAAGGUCUCGCGGGAGCGCUGAUCGCAUGGCUCAGGACGAAGAGUUGUUCUAUCAAGAGUUGGAAGAAGACGAGGAAACGCGAGCGCAAGUACAAAUUUUCAAGGAUGAAAACGCCAUAAACGCCAACGUCACCGCGGCGGCUGGCGACGACGACGACGACGACGACGACGCACCAGAGGUGCCGAUCGAGGAGCUUCUGGAUGAGUUGACUCUAUUGCAGCGCCAAGCUGACGACGAGGACGACGAGAACGAUCUC